UCCGACUCACAAUUAUUGUAUGUUCCUGAGAUAUUCUUCUGGUAUACUAAGAAGUCUAAUCCGUACAAUGUCAACCACUGUCCCUGAAAAUGCAGCUGCUUCUGUUGUUGCAACAGCAGCUGCUGCUACUACUGUGCCAAAGGAAAGUUCUCCAGCUCAAGCCAAGCAAGGAAAGAAAUCCAAGAAAGCCGAACAACAAUUCUUAUUGAAAACUCCUAAAGGUACCAAGGACUGGUCCGACAAGGAUAUGGUAGUUAGAGAAGCCGUAUUCAAAUCUUUAAGUGAUUUAUUUAAAAGACAUGGUGGAGUAACCAUUGAUACUCCAGUAUUUGAAUUAAGAGAAAUUUUAACUGGUAAAUAUGGUGAAGAUUCUAAAUUAAUUUAUAAUUUAGAAGAUCAAGGAGGUGAAUUAACAUCUUUAAGAUAUGAUUUAACUGUUCCAUUUGCAAGAUUUGUAGCCAGUAAUAGUAUUAGUAAUAUUAAAAGAUUUCAUAUAGCUAAAGUCUAUAGAAGAGAUCAACCAGCUAUGACAAAAGGUAGAAUGAGAGAAUUUUAUCAAUGUGAUUUUGAUGUGGCAGGUAAUUAUGAUACUAUGGUACCUGAUUCAGAAAUCUUAAAUAUAACUUGUGAAGGUUUAGUAGGUUUAGGAAUUACUGAUUUUAAAAUUAAAUUAAAUCAUAGAAAGAUUUUAGAUGGGAUCUUUGAAGCUUGUGGAGUUAAAGAAGAAGAUGUUAGAAAAGUUUCUUCUGCUGUAGAUAAAUUAGAUAAAUCUCCAUGGGAAGUUGUUAAGAAAGAAAUGGUUAUUGAAAAGAAUCAACCAGAAGAAGUUGCUGAUAGAAUUGGUGAAUUUGUUAAAUGGAAUGGAACUAUUCGUGAAGUAUUAGCUCUUAUAAAAGGUAGUGAAUUAUUAAUUGCCAAUGCAUCAAUUCAACAAGGGGUUUCUGAAAUGGAAAUCUUGGCUGAUUAUGUUGAUGCAUUUGAUAUUAAUAAAUAUGCAAGAUUUGAUUUAUCAUUAGCUAGAGGUUUAGAUUAUUAUACUGGAUUAAUUUAUGAAGCUGUUACUGAAGCUUCUGCACCUCCAGCUAAUGCAUCUGAAUUAAAGGAAAAGGCUCAAAAGGAAAAGGGUAAAUCUGCUGAAGUUGAAGAUGCAUCUGAAUAUGUUGGAGUUGGAUCAAUUGCUGCUGGUGGUCGUUAUGAUAAUUUAGUUGGAAUGUUUUCUAAUGGUAAAUCAAUUCCAUGUGUAGGUAUUUCAUUUGGAGUUGAAAGACUUUUCUCAAUUAUUAAGGCUAGAGCCGCUAAAGAUUUAGAAAAUCUUAGUGCAAAUCAUACUGAAGUUUAUGUUAUGGCAUUUGGUGGUGGUGAAGGUUGGAAUGGAUUCUUAAAGGAAAGAAUGACUGUCACUAAAAAAUUAUGGGAUGCUGGAAUUAAUGCUGAAUAUUUAUAUAAAGCUAAAGCCAAUAUUCGUAAACAAUUUGAUUCAGCAGAAAAAUCAGGAGCUAAAUUAGCUGUUAUUUUAGGUAAAGAAGAAUAUCCAGCAGGUAAAUUAAGAAUUAAAGUCUUAGGUCAAGGACAAGAUAGUGAUGAAGGUGAACUUAUUGAUAGUGAAACUCUUGUAGAAUCAAUUAAGACUAAAUUAGAUGCUCAUAAUGUUGAUGGAUUAGAUUACAUUACUCGUUUGGUUAGAGGUCUUUAAUGUGAAUAUAAAUGUAAAUGUAAAUAUAAAUACUAAAUACUAAAU